CCGCCCCCGAACGGACUUUCUUGAAGCAACAGGAAGCGACAACCCCCGAAAAGUGUGCAGGCUGGGAGGAAAAAGAAAGCGUGGGUGGAGGUCGAACUCGUAUCGAUCGAUUGUCUUUUCUCGAUCGCGCUCUACGGACAGGCUGCACAACGUUGUGGCCGUCGCUGAUCCCUUGUGUUGUCGUCGAGGGGAACUUCGACGUGGCACCGCAUCGAAAAGCAUGUCCGACUCGUAACGCUCCAAAGGAAGCUGGCCCGGUUCUGGAGAGAGACAAAGUGCGAAACCGGUCAUGGCCCACGGCACCAGCCUCCAGUAUGAGCGAGUGGCAGAGAUAGGCGGCGGCGCUUACGGGACAGUCUAUAAGGCCCGUGAUACGAAGAGUGGUCGGUUUGUGGCUCUCAAAAGCGUACGGGUCCAGACAGACCAUAAUGGCCUGCCCAUCUCCACGGUCAGAGAGGUUGCUCUGUUAAAGCGACUGGAGCAGUUUGACCACCCCAAUGUGGUGAGGCUUAUGGACGUGUGUGCCACCCAGAGGACAGACCAGGAGACUAAAGUAACCUUAGUCUUUGAACACGUGGAGCAAGAUCUUAAAACGUACUUGGAGAAAGCGCCAGCUUCAGGGUUGACCCCUGAACGCAUCAAAGACUUGAUGAAACAGGUGCUGUGCGGUGUAGCAUUCUUGCACUCAAACCGUGUGAUGCACAGAGACCUGAAACCAGAGAAUAUUUUGGUAACCAGCCAGGGUCAGGUGAAGCUGGCUGAUUUCGGACUAGCGCGCAUGUACAGUUGCCACAUGGCCCUCACUCCCGUGGUGGUGACACUGUGGUAUCGGCCUCCUGAGGUUUUGCUGCAGUCGAGCUACGCCACACCUGUAGACAUCUGGAGCUCCGGCUGCAUCUUUGCGGAAAUGUUCAAACGCAAACCCUUGUUCUGUGGAGAAUCCGAAGUGGAUCAACUCGGGAAAAUCUUUGAAGUGAUUGGCCUGCCACCAGAGGAUGAGUGGCCAACUGGUGUUACAAUUUCAAGAAAACACUUCCCCCCUUUCUCGGCUCGCCCAAUAACUGACUUUGUUCCAGAGAUAAAUGAGCAGGGAGCGCAACUGCUGCUGGAAAUGUUAACCUUUGACCCCUGUGAUCGAAUAUCUGCCUGGAAUGCACUAGAUCAUCCAUAUUUUCGCAAUGAGGAGAUAUUGACUGAGACAUAAAGAUGAGCUGCUGCAAAAAAAUAAAAUUAAAAAAACAGCAACAAGAGACGUAACAGCCCAGCUUUGCCCACAAGAUUUUACACUCAAGGAGUCCCUCCUGUGCCCUGCGAUCUUUUUUUUUUUUUUAUUACUCCAGUGUUGAAAAAAAUUGAAAAAAGGAAUCACAUUGAAACCGAGCAAACUUGUGCUCCAUUUGUUCCUCAGCAUUUAGUUACAGGCUCCACAAAGUGACAGAAUUGACAUUUUGGUUGUGAGCAACUCUUGAGUCAAUUGAAAAUACACACCAUAACAUCAAUGACCCUCAAAGUCAUUUCGGAAAAAUCUUUGUCCUUAUUAAAUGACUGAAGAGGUGGAUUUCAAAUUCCAUUGUUGUUUGUGUGUGUGUGUGCGUGUGUGUGUGUGUGUGUGUGUGUGUGUGUGUGUGCGUGUGUGUCUGUGUAUAUACCCGCGUGUGUGUCUGUGUGUAAAAACCCUCUGGAUUCAGCCUGCACUGCAACCACAAGGGAAUAAAAACACCUUUAAUCACCAAACAA